CCAAGUUUUGAUGUCAUACGAUGUUUCUUUCAGGAGAUAUCGCAAAUGUAGCCUACCGUAUUACAAAUGUAGCCGUUAUAACAAAUGUGGCAGUUCCACUUAGUUCAUGGGUACCCAUUGAAACUGAAACCAUUGAGGCGUUAUUUAUUUACAUAUGGUCUACGUAGGAUAGCCAUGGCAGAUGACUUGAGAUUACGAAACGUUGCAGCCUUUUUUUGCCUUGGCUUUACCUUUUCUUACAAAGUAUUAAUUGAUUCCGCUAUGCAGGAUAUUCUUAGUGGGAGUGCGAUUCCCUCCACCGUCAUUGUGGUUCUCUUGGCGGUACCUUACACCUUGCUCCAAUCUAUUGCCCCUUGGUUUGUCUACAAAGUCUCGUUUCUUAUAGAGUGGACGGGAGUCACCGUACUCUUUGUAAUAUCUGUGGGAUGUGUCUCCGUGAACCUUGAAACCAUUCGUUUAAUAGGCGUCGUGCUGAAUGGAUCGGCAAUCGGACUGACUUCUGCGUUGACAAUGGCAAUGAUAGCAAAGUUUCCGAAGCUGGAUGUGCUCACGAGUGUUUACCGAACUGGAGCUGGAGCGGGAGGAUUAGCAUUUAACUUGAUAUACACAGGGUUGACGACCUGGACUUGUACCUCCCCCCAGGUGGCGAGCAUUUGUAGUAUCCCGUUUUGUUGCCUCCCUCUGCUAUCCUACUGGCUUCUCGACAAGAGGCCACUCCAAGAGUCUGACAGCUACUCCGGAGUGAAGUACACCAAGGUAGACGAGAAAGAGUCGCAAAAUAACAAUCUUUCAUCGCAGGUUGGUGAUACACGAAGCAGGGCAGUGGUGGCGCUGCUCUAUGCAAUCUGUCCUCUCGCGGGAUACCUGUAUCUUAGCAAAUUAUCUAAAAGCAUUUGCCUGAGCGCUCUUUUGACAAGUGUAGCCUUUCCGAACGCGCCUUUCCUACCACGUGACCAUUUUCAGUAUUACCACUUGCUCUUUAGCUGCGCGCGCCUUCUCGGAGGCGCAGGACCAAUUGUCACAUCGCGGUCGCAUCCCGAUUUGCAGGAAUUCUUCAAGAUUAGACGGAUGUGGAUCUUAGCUGUUCUUGACGUUGUGCCAAUUUUUCUGUUUCUUCUCACAUCGUGGUAUCGCUUUAUCACCGAUUACCGUAUCAUUUUCGUAAUUUGCUUUGCGCAUGGCAUUGUCAGCGGUAUGAUGGCAGUCUUCGCAGUAAUUGCCACCGCUGACCACUUCGGAGCACGGGAAAAGAAAGGCAUCGCUAUGGGUUUGGUCGAAGUCAGUACGCCCGCCGCAAACCUGGUCGCCGGGAUAGUCGGUGCCGUCAUAGAGCCUUUGUUAAAAGAACAUUGCACUGAGGAUCUGCUUUUGGGUGCAUAUUGCUCUACAAGGUUUGCGUCGGCCACACAAUGGGCAAAGAAUUUACACUGCACUCGGAAUAAAUAGAAACAUUAAACGAGUCUUAAAGCUGU